AUGCACAAACUUUUGCGCGUUACAGCUUACGUGAUUAAAUUUAUUGAUUGUCUAAAAUCUCGAAUUAAUGGUAACGUAUCGAAACAAACCUUGUUGUCAACUGAAGAUCUCGAACAUGCAGAACUUUUGUGGUUAAAAAAUACUCUUGGGCUUUUUAUUGACAAAGAUGACAUCAUCCGCUGCAAAGGACGGCUCCUGCAUGCCAACUUGCCGUACGACUCUAAAUAUCCCAUCUUGUUGCCUGGUGACUCGUACCUAUCAACGUUAAUUAUACGAAGAGUCCACCAACAAACCUUUCAUGCAGGUGUGAAACACACGCUUUGUCGCAUUCGAGAAAAAUAUUGGAUUCUGCAAUGUCGAAAAUAUGUACGUGCUAUUGUAAACAAAUGUGUUUACUGUAAAAGGUUGUUUGGGAAGGUUUACAAGUCUACAGAAUCUGCCAACUUACCCCCCUUUCGUGUUUCUGCAAGCUAUCCAUUUCAAUCUACAGGAGUGGAUUACUUGGCACCACUCAUGGUCAAACCUAUAUUUAACGAGGAUCGAAGCGCAAUGUUUCCGGUACAUGUUGCACUAUUUACCUGCGCUGUUACUCGUGCAGUCCAUCUGGAUAUAGUACCCCAUCAGUCAGCCUCGUCGUUUAUACUUAAAGCAGCCCCAUGGUGGGGCGGAUUUUGGGAACGUUUGGUUCAAUCUGUUAAAAGGUCAUUAACAAAGGCCUUGUUUCGAAGUAGUAUAUCUUAUGAAGAACUUCAAACGGUGCUAUACGAAGUUGAAAGCCUUCUUAACUAUAGACCUUUAACAUACGUCUAUAACGAUGACAUCGAAGAGAUGCUCACUCUAUCACAAUUAAUGCAUGGUCGCAACAUAUGUAGGCCUUGUGUUCAGUCUGGAGAUGCGGACGAACUUGAUAGCAAGGCAAAACUUUCAAAACGAAUGAUGUACAUAAAAACCUUAAAGGAGCAUUUUUGGAAUCGAUUCAGUAACGAAUAUAUAACCAAUCUGAGAGAGUUUCACGCACAAGGACCAAGUCACAGUCGUUCUGUUGAGCUUGGAGAAAUAGUCAUUAUUCAUUCUGUUAAGAAGCGCAUUAAUUGGCGUAUGGGAAAGGUGACGUACCUUAUUACGAGCAGAGACAAUAACGUCCGUGCAGCUAUAGUUUAA